CAGAGGUGUGUGUGUGUGUUUCGUCCUCAGAGUGCUGAUGAAGGGGCACUGAUCACCUGCCAUACACUGACAGGAACAGGCUUUAAACACCUCCAUGUUUCACAGCCUCUCUCUCACAGACACGCGCGCGUACACACACGCACACACACCGUGCAGCAGCAGCAGCAGCAGCGGGUCUCCGUCAGAAAGAAAAAAACGGACGCAGAUCUGCGCUCUUUCAGGAACAAACGCAACCAGAACCAGAAGCGGAACCAGAGCCAGACUGGUGUGUCCGGUGUGAUUGGUCCGCCAGAGGUCCGGUUCUGCUGCGGGGACAGGAAACGUGACCAGAAUCAAAGCAGAUCGAUGGUCUGAGGAGGUGGAUCAGGAUGAUGAUGAUGAUGACCUCAUCAGAGAAGAUGAAGAAGAAACCUCCAAAGGACAGCCUGACUCUGCUGCCAUGUUUUUACUUUGUGGAGCUGCCCAUUGUGGCUUCUUCCAUGGUGUCUCUGUACUUCCUGGAGCUGACUGACGUGGUGCAGCCAGCUCAGGUCGGGUUCCGCUGCCACGACCGAGAGCUCAGCAUGCCGUAUGUGGACGGAGGAGACGAGCUGAUCCCACUGCUGAUGCUGCUGAGCCUCGCCUUCGCCGGGCCCGCCGCCUCAAUCAUGCUGGUUGAAGGUCUCAUCUACUGUCUGCAGUCCAGACUGAAGCUCCGCAGACCUGAAGGAAGCAUCAACGCAGGUGGCUGCAACUUCAACUCCUUUCUGAGGAGGACAGUGCGUUUUGUAGGUGUGCACGUGUUCGGUCUGUGUGCGACGGCGCUGGUCACUGACAUCAUCCAGCUGUCGACAGGUUACCACGCGCCAUUCUUCCUCACUGUCUGUAAACCCAACUACACUCUGGCCGGCGGCUCCUGCGACAGAAAUGCUUACGUCACUAAAGACAUCUGUGCGGGACACGACCAGCACGCCAUCAUGGCCGCCAGGAAAACUUUCCCUUCCCAGCAUGCAACUCUGUCUGCCUUCGCAGCUGUUUAUGUUUCUAUGUAUUUUAACUCAACCAUCUCUGAUAGCACCAAGCUGCUCAAACCCGUCCUGGUGUUUGCCUUCGCCAUCGCGGCAGCGUUAACAGGUCUGACUCAGAUCACUCAGCAUCGCAGCCAUCCCAUCGACGUGUACGUAGGCUUCCUCAUCGGCGCCUUCAUCGCUGCUUAUCUGGCUUUUCACGCUGUUGCCAACUUCAAGUCCUCUGAUGACUUUAUUCCCACCCCCCCACCACCACCACCGAAAGAGGACCCUUUACGAGCACUGACUGAGCGAGGACACGAGUCCGUCUACAAUAAGGGCCCUGCCUCCGCCUCAGAGAGUAACGAUGAGAUAGCGGCGGCUCCGGCCCCCAUGGACCGGCUUGAGGGCCUGGGGCCCCUGCAGAGGGAGAAGGACUCCAUGGGGAGUCUGAAGAGGGCCAGUGUGGAUGUGGAGUUGCUGGCUCCUCGCAGCCCCAUGGGCAAGGAGACCAUGCUGACCUUCAGCAACACACUGCCAAGGGCCAGCAUGAAUGUUAAUGGUGUGCUGGGGGCCAACAUCGGCCCGGAGGACCUGGUUCAGCAGGUGCAGCCAGUGCAGCCUGUGCAGCGGCGUCUGAAGGCAGUGCAGGUUCCCAUGGACCCGAUGCGUUCGCAGCAGCUGGUGUCAGAGUGGAAGCAAAAGUCGAUGGAGAUGAGAGGGCUGAGCAUCCGGGACGAGGCAGAGUGCGAGGCCAGUGAGGAGGGCUCCGAGGUGGGGUCUGUGGGGACCGACGAGGGGGGGUCUCAGCUUCCCAUCUACCAGCCUGCAGUGCAGUCUGGGAGGACAGCCUCCAGUCGCAACCCCACCCCACCUCCAGGUGGUGCCAAAGCUGUGGUGACUCCCAGACCACCACAGAUCCCUGAAGCAGGACCUCCACCAGUGUCCCCAAAGAGCGCCUUGACCCGGGCCAAGUGGCUCGCCAUCCGGGAGAAGGCAAGCGGGGAGGGAUCAGUCCGUGGAGCCGCCAAUCAGCCACGACUCAUGCAGGUCAUCGCCAUGUCAAAGCAGCAGGGCCUCCUCCCAUCCUCCUCCUCGGGGGAGAAAUCUUCUGAGACCACCUCCACCUGCUCCGGCACCUCCUCCACCACCGACUCCCCCCACUAUCGCCCUCCAUAUGAGCAGCGAGAGGGGCUGGGUAUCAUCACCGUGGAUGCCCACGCCCCUCACCAUCCUGUUGUCCAAGCCCCACCGCAUCCUCAAGCCCCAGCCCUCGCGGGUAACGGUAACCCUUGGGAGUGGGCGGGGGCGUCCAAUGGGGGUGACCCACGAGACACCUACGACUUAAACAGCCAGAAUCGGGGUGACUCUGCUGCCCAUGGCAGCAGCUUCAGGCCACACCGCUCUGCCUCGCCACGCGCCACAGUCGACUCCGAUCUGGCCCAGCCUCCCCCCAACCCACAGGUGGAGCUGUCAGUGGACGCCCAGCGCAGGGAGAUAGCCAUGAGACGCAAGACGGCGCUGGUUCUGUUGGAUCGAGAGAGUCGUAACAAGACUGAGCAGGAGAACUAUUACAAGAGUCUGCAGGGACGAAGGUUCAAGGAUUAGUCUCUUUACCUUUAAAAAUAAAAGCCUUACUCUGGUCACUAACAUCACAGUACCUGACUGCAGUUGCUAUGCAUUUCUUCGUACGAUGGAAAACUGGACUUACAGGAAACAAAGUUUGUCAUCCAGGACGGAGACGACUGGUCAGUGGCUCAACACUCUGUGACCCUGUCAAAAGACACGCUGAUGCUAUAAUUUUUGAUCAAGUCACACUUGAUGUAUGUCAGUUUAAUCUUUCAACUCCAAAAAGUCUCAGUUUGCCAUAAAAUAUCAGAAUAUGUAAUAAUAAAGAUGUCAUUAGUUAAGUGACGUCAUCUUUUUGAAAACUCAUGGAGUUGUCCUGCAUGACAGCUAACUGUGUGGUGCCGGCAGCCAUGUUGCUGUUGGUGACGUUUGUUGAGUUGCUGUCGUUCACUGACAUUUUUUAUAUUCUUUAAUGUUUUAUUUUCUUUAAAACAAACUGAGACAAACUGCGAAAUGACCUUUUAAGUAGAUGAACAUCAUGUGUGAUUCAUUAAACAAUUCAAACAGGACCAAGAAGUAUGUGUUUCCUCUUUGUCCCAAAGGUUGUUUCUGUGGAGACACUUGAAGUGGAGGGACGACGUCUCUCUCCUGACGUCUGUCUGGAGGUUAUGUGACUUGUUUCACAGAUCCAGGGACAUAAAUCAGGAAGUGACAUCACCAGAAUAAAGUUCAGUUUCCCUCAAAUACAUCUCCUCAAACAUGGUCUUGUGACCAGUUAUUAAUCUCUUUUUCUUUUCUUUUCUUUUUUUAAUUGAGGACCAUCCAAGAGUAAUAGAUUACCUUCGUCCACAGUGUUGAGCCACUGAGCAGGAAGAUGGAGUGUUUCCAUGGCAACGUGUUCUGUGAAUUAAGAUGAAGAAACAAAAACUCAGAGACAAUUUUAAAGAUUCAUCUAGAAGCACAAACAUGCAACCAAGCUGAACCCUGAAGUGGAUCCUCCAGACAUUUCCACCAACCAGCAGCUGCUUCCUGCUGCAGGCCCCGCCCCCUAUGACAGGCGUGGCCUAUCACAGCGCAGUGAGACAUAUGGACUAUGGAUGUCGGAGGUCCACACUGACUAUAUUAUCUGGACAGGUGUGUUGUUGCCUUUAUGUUGUGAUGGCUUGGUUGCUAUAGUGAUUCUCAGCAUGUUUGUUUGUGUGCUGCUUUCUGAUUGGUUGAAACUGUUCAGAGUUGUGUGUGAAUGUGGAUGUGUGUAUUUAUUCAGGAUGGACUGAUGUGAGAUCACAUUUUUAUUGACAUAUUCAGAAUUUAAAGAUUCACUCACUGAUCGUUUGCUGACACAAAUCUUCAAUAAUCAGAAACAAAGACAAUACAUGUUUAAAGAAGUGACUUUAAAUAAACUUUUGGUUUAAAUGUAUAUUAAAGUGUUCAGGCCUCCGCAAGGAGAAUAAAGCUGUUAAAUAUUUUUCUUCUGUAGUAGAAAACGGAUCAAAAAGACUUUUUUCCUCUGAUGAUUUUCUCCUUGCGUGUCUCAACCACUGACGACAGACUUCCUGUCAGUUGAUUGAAGCCGAAUCAAAGAGUGAAUCUGUAAAUGUGAAGUACUGAUGAGCCGGUAUCGGGUCUGAUGAUGUUAAUGUGUCCGUGUGUUGUUGCAUGUGUCCAGUUUGAUUUCAAUCAGACGGACCUCCUGUUCUUCUGUGAGAUAAUGAGCAGUUUUUAACCCUAAUGAGGGAAUUUAAAGGACUGAUGACCUCAUCACCGCCAUCUGAAUGUAAAAAGCUUAAUUUCUCUUGAAUGUGACAUUUUGUGACUGAAACAGUAAAAAGAAAAACUGCUGCUAUAAAAACACUGAGGGGUGGACGCUGCAUGCUCUGUGCUCGUUAUCAUGGAAGUUACUAAUUAAAAGUUCAUCUGGAUCUA